UCGUUGUCGGGGCUCGGUCGCCUGAGCAGCUGUCAGAGUUCUCCGCACACAGCGCGGGCGGCCUAGCGCUGAUGGGCGGCCCGGCCCAGCAGGUGGACAGAGCCUGACCAAGCGGGUGCCGAAGAGCCGGGAUGACAGGGAUGCGGAGAUGAGCGCCCGGGUGACUGCCGAGGGUGACACCCCGCCUGCAGUGACACCCGCAGCGACAGCCCGGCGUUAUCUCUUCUGCUGGGUGCAAAGGAGCCUGCCGCCCGUAUCAGUGUCGCCAGGUGGCCUCGGGCUCCGCAGACUGAACCGUCUGGGUCCCACCCCUGGGAAACUGUCAUCCAACGCCCUCGGCAGGUCACCUGAGCCUUGGGGGCUUUGCUAAGCACGAAAGCACACAACCUUUUUUUCUCUGUUUUCAUUUCCAAGUUUCGGAUCGGUUAUCUUAAGCAAGCAGAACGUGCUGGCGUCCACAGCGGUUUGUCCCCCAGUGAACUCAGAUGCGUGUCAGAGGGCCACCGUCCCGGAGGCUGCGCAGUCACACUGCAGCGCAGGGACCAGCACCCCUGUCACUCUAGGGAAGGGCCUGGUCUGUGCACUGGGACAGUGCAAGCCACAGAGUCUUAUCAAAGAAAGACUGGGGUGAGGGCUGUAGCAGGUUUUUGCAAGGACAAGGACGUCCUGAAGAGAGCCAGGAUGGGUCACUUCCCUCUGGGCCGCGGCCCCACCAGGGUUCCUCAACUGGAGAUGAAGAGGCUGGACGCCUGGGCUUUAGACAGCACGAGCCCCACCUGUCCCUGGGGAGGGGGCGGUGACUCCAGUUGUGAAUUACGUUGGGUCCUGCGGUGAGGGGCAUGGCAGUGACUCCUGUCCCCUGUGUCACUUAAGACAAGAGGGAUGUGGUUAGGAUGAGCGACCCAGUGAGAGGACAGAGGAUGAGCUCUGCCACCCCCACCUGUGCUGCCUCUCUGGGGUUCCCGGCUGCACUCUCGUGGGAGCGGGCCUGGGACGCGGGGUUCAGGCAGCCCUGGGACCUCGUGGAGGGGACGCAGUGCUUGAGAGCCACAGGGAGGUCAGAGGAGGGGAUGAACGAAAGGAUCCGCAGUGGUCCGUUUUCGGGGUUUGCCCCAGGAUCACGAGGGCGUGGUGUGUUUGUGUCUGGCUCACACUUCACCCCUCCUAAAGGCCCGGGGAGGAUCCUUACCUGCUAUCUGGAAGGGGGUGACUGAACCGUCCCACCUCAGAGCCAUCGGGUCUAACAGUGGGGACACCUUGGCAGGAGGAGGUGCCAUGCAGCAGUGUCACACCUGCCUUAGGGCCUGGGCACCAGGUACUGCCCUGCCGCUCCAGGGCUCCGAGGGCAGAACACGUGCAGGUGGCCCCCGCCCAGGCAGCUUCCGCAGGUGUGGAGGAUGCGGGACAGGGCAGUGCCGAGGCCCUCUCCUCGUUCCCCCUCCCCCCACCGAGUGAGCAGCUUCCUGAUGCGGGCGGGUGACUGAGCCUGGGCGCUCCACGUCAGUUGGAGACUGUCACGUAUUCGUGAAGAUGCAGUGACCUCGUUGCGUGUGCCUGGCACGUAGCUGGCGCUUCACGUCGGUACCCAACACCCACUGUUCUGCAUUUCUGCAGAUGAUGAUUCCCACACUCAGACAUUGGGCUUCGUGUGCUUAGAGACUAACUACCAAAUAGCAGAACCAAGGUCAGAACCCACUAGCUGGGCUGUUCUGAGUCCUUGGUCCUAGCACCUGGAGUGCCUCCUGCCCCCACCCCCAGACCUUCCUAAAACAGCACAGGAACUGACCGCUCCACUGGGUCAACUUGGGCAAUUGUCUUAGUAACCGUCACGGGGACUCUCCUCUGACGGCAGAGGCUCCACAGCAGCGAGGUGGCUGGGCCGAGAGCAUGGUGAUGCAGUCGUGGCGAAACGGGAACUGUAACCAGUCUCAUGACCAGCUUGAGAAGCACAGGAAGAAAUCUUAUCAGGAGGCCACAUUUUAGCAGAGGUCACGGUUUUGUGCAGAGCAGCACUUUUGAUGGGUGACUGGUUGAAGAUACCUGCGUGACAACCCUGGAGACUGUUGCCUGGACUUUGUUUUCUCGGACACGACGUGCUGUGGGCCCAAAGCCCUGUGUUGGCCGUGGGGCGCCUUUGCUGUACAGUCCGGGACGAUGGCUCUUGCGAGUGGCACAGGGGCCUCAGAGAGCAUCUUCGAUCUGGACUACGCUUCCGGGAAGGUCCGCGUGACGCUGGUGGGCGCUGGCUUUGUCUUCUACCUGGGCGUCUCCGUCGUCUGCCACCAGCUGUCGUCCUCCCUGAGUGCCACGUACCGUUCUCUGGUGGCCAAGGAGAAGGUCUUCUGGAAUCUGGCGGCCACCCGCGCCGUCUUCGGUGUGCAGAGCAGCGCCGCGGGCCUGUGGGCCCUGCUGGUGGACCCCGUCCUGCAGGCCGAUAAAGCGUGCGGCCAGCAGAGCUGGUCCUGGUUUCACAUCGCCACGGCAACCGGGUUCUUCUUCUUUGAAAACGUGGCGGUCCACCUGUCCAACUCAGUCUUCCGGACUUUUGACUGGUUUUUGGUUCUCCACCACCUCUUCGCCUUCCUUGGGUUCCUCGGCAUAGUGGUCAAUCUCAGAGCCGGCCACUAUCUCGCCAUGACCGCCUUGCUCCUGGAGAUGAGCACCCCGUUCACCUGCAUCUCCUGGAUGCUCUUAAAGGCUGGCUGGUCGGACUCCCUGCUCUGGAAGGCGAAUCAGUGGCUGAUGGUCCACAUGUUCCACUGCCGCAUGGUCGUGACCUACCACAUGUGGUGGGUGUUCCUGCAGCACUGGGCCGGCCUGGCGGCCAGCCUGUACCCACCCCACCUGGCGGUCUUCAUGUCCGGCCUGGGCCUCCUGACCCUGCUCAUCAACCCCUAUUGGACCCACAAGAAGACUCAGCAGCUCCUCAAUCCGGUGGACUGGAACUUCGCCCCACCGCAACCCAAAGGUGGCCGGUCCGAUGGGACCAGCGGCCAGGCGCUCCAGAAGAAGGGGCAGUAGCUGCUGCGGACCAGGUGCAUGUGGGACCCGGGCCUGCCGGCGACGGCCUCGCGGCGAGGGGCAGUGGGCGCUGUGCCCGGCACCGUCCCCGAGCAACACUGACCUGUGUCACGCCGUUCAUCUCUAAGUGGCCCUGAAGUACCUCAGAGGCCUCGAUUUGCCUCGAGGAGCAGAUUUUUGCCUUCCUCCUUCCGUGGUCUCUCGUGGCUCAUUUCCGCGAGCUCCCCAGGCCCUCCGUGCCCGUCAUCGGGAGAGGGGUCUGGGGCGCCGGCCUCGCAGGCUGCUGGGAGGCGGCUUCGCGGGAGUGCAGGCCUCAGCGCGCCCCACAGAGGAAGGCACGAGUCUCCGCUGGCAGAGAGUCCGACUCGCUUUUUCGGGGCCGGCUUCGCUGCGGCGGUCUGGAGCUGGGCCUGCACGCCCCUGAGGCCGGCACGCGAAGGGCCUUCGUGUGGCAGAGGCUGUGUGGGGGGCGUGCUCAGGCCGCGUUCUAGUCACACGGUCAACAUUUUGUGUCUUACUCGAAACUUGUAUUCUUUUUGGUUGGAAACAAUUGCCCUGUUUCCAACAAUGUUCUGUUGCAUUGUUAAAAUUUCUCGAGGUAUGAAAUUCAUGACCAACCGCGCAGCAGUGCCAUCUAGUGGCACAGCGGCAUGAAGACAUCAUGUGGGGACAGACCCUUGGAAUGUCCUGACCCCAUGUGAAUGUGGGAUGGUAGUUGAGGUUAAAUCUUGUGAGAUUUUCUUUUUAAUCAAAGAAGCUGAAUUAAAACAAGAAUUUCCUAUUCCUGUUGUAUUAACUCAAAUGACAAAAUGAGGUCAAUAUGUAGUAAUCAGAAUUGUCUAGAUUUUAGAGCCAUUUCAAAUUGACUAAGUGCCAGCAGGUGCUCAACUUAGACCCCAAUUCUCGCUUGGUUUGCUCUGUAGACUUUAAGAUGAGAUAGCGACCGAUUUCUCUACGAGCUGGCGGCCCCUUGGGCGCGUGGCUGCCAAGCCCCGACGUCCCUGGACUGUCAGGAAGCGGCCCUCGGGGCGGGCGUUGACCCCUUUCCCCAGCUGCCUGACACUGAGCCCCAGGGAACAUCAUUUUCACUGUCGUGCCCAGGUGUAGUCUGUACACUAACCCAGCAGUGUUACUGACACAUGUCCAUUUUAUUCUUGCUACGAGUAUGCAAUUAAAAUCAAAAGUUUAUUUUUAGGGAGAGCACCUUUGAACUGUAUGCAAAAAACGUGUUCAUUGGUGGUGAAAAUCAUGUAGGACUCACAACUGUCAUGUGGCACGGAGCUCUCAACCGUGGUCUCCUCACGGGUGCUUUGACUUUAUAGUGUUUAGCUCAAGAUGUGCAAUCCCUAUUUAUCUCAUUGUUAGAAGUGAUUUAAGCUUUAAUGAUGCCGAGCAGACCACGUUCUGCCGGAUGACUGAGAUGCCGUCUCCCCGUGGCCUGCACGUCCCCUGGGCUGUGGCAGCGGGGGGAGCAGCUGUGUCCUGCCAGACAGAUGUGUAAUAAAGUCACUGAUGUUGACCGAG